AAAAAAUAAUUAUAUUCGCUUUUCUUCACGACAAGAAGAACCGGUGCCGGUAUCGAAAGCCAUCUGCCUUCUCACUGUCCUCUGCGGCUGCUGUGUAAAGUUCCCUUUAUUUUAAUCUGAUUCACGGCCAUGUCUUCAGGUCUCAAGCUCCAACCUUCGUCCUUAAAGCCGCCGAAAAACCCUAACAACGCCGCGCAGACAGACCUUCUCAAUCCCAUCUCUAACCCUAACCUCAACCCUGAAACCAGUAUGUCGUUUCCCAUCACCCCCUCCCCGGAAGACCUCGUCCUCUCACGCGCCUCCCACCUUACUCGCCCAGAACUCCUCAAGCGCCGAUCGCACAUCCUAAAGCAGCUUUCAAGGUGCUACAGAGACCACUACUGGGCUCUCAUGGAGGACCUAAAGGUUCAAUACAGAGAAUACUACUGGAAGUACGGCGUAAGCCCUUUCAAGCAAGAUCAGACUCUGGAGGUGGAGAGAGAAAAUGGGGAGAGAGACCCUGCUAAUUCUAAUGCCGAGGGCAGUGGUGAAAAUGGUAAUAACAAUAAUUUUGGUGGUAUUAGUUUGGAUUUGAAGAACAAUCAUCAGUGCGUUUUUGUUGGGUGUAAAUUGAAAGCUAUGGCGUUGACGAGUUUCUGCCAUCUGCAUAUUCUCUCUGAUUCGAAGCAGAAGCUUUACAAGGCCUGCACAUAUGUCAUCAAGAGUGCUCAGGCUGGACCCAUCACGUGUGGAAAACCUAUCCUGAGAUCCACUGUUCCUUCUCUUUGUUCAGUCCACUUCCAAAAGGCUCAGACACAUGUCAACCGAGCCUUGAAGAAAGCAGGUCUUACUGUUUCAUCCUCUAGUAGGCUUGCUCCAAAGUUCCAUGUAGUAGUGGCAGAGUAUGUGCGUCAAAUUCAGGCCAAAAGGAAAACUGCACAAAAGGGAAAAAGAAGUAUAGUUGUAGUUGGGGAAGAAAGUUCUAGUUGAAACUUUAUAUCUGCCAUUGCUGUAAUGACAAAAAUCGUGUUGCUCAGAAACAGAAAAAUGUAAAGCCAUUGCAGUUACUGAAGCAGAUAUUUGAUCAACUUCUGUUUCAAGGAUAUAUCAUUACAUUUCGAGAUCCUCAUCUUCAGUCUGCACCCUUGGAAUAGCUGGGAUCCAAAUUUAGUUCAGGUUUAAGCAUGUUGGCUCCUGGGUUUGAACCACUGGAGGCCUCUGUGGUUGUAGGGUUGCUACUCCAUGCCUGCAUUUCUCACACUGGAAAAGCUUUGCUGGUGUUACUGGAUUGCAAGAAAAAUGUGAAAUAUAACAUUUUACUCAGAUCAUCUACGUUGAUUUCCUGGUUCUCUCUGCUCAGGUUCAUGGACAAUCGUAUCUGGAAACUUCUUGUCUAUAAAAUUAAAACAUACUAAAGGACUCAAAAUGUG